GGACUGGGUGGGAAGCAGUCCGCGCGGGCGGCUGCGGCGGCUGCUGCUACGGCGCAGCGCCAUGGGGAGCCCCCGGCCCGCGCUGCUCUUGCUCCUGCUGCGCCCAGUCAAGCUUCUGCGAAGGCGCUUCCGGCUGCUGCUGGCGCUUGCCCUGGUGUUCGUGGGACUCUGGACUCUCUAUCUGGAGCUGGUGGCAUCCGGAGAGAUCAACGGGAAUCCCCUGUAUCGGAGAUAUAGCAGUUGGAGGGAACUGGCCAAGGCUUUGGCUAAUAGAGACAUUCCUGCUGUGCAUCCAGAUCUCAAGUUCUAUCAUCCUCAGAGGCAGGAAUUCAAGGACCAAGAGUCAGACCGAGGUGGGCUCAGGAGUGAGAGCUACCAACAAUGGAACAAGCCUGUACCCUGGAUCUCAGAGUUCCAGGGCCGUGCCAACUUGCAUGUGUUUGAAGAUUGGUGUGGAAGCUCCAUCCAGCAGCUCCGAAGGAAUCUUCACUUCCCACUCUAUCCCCAUACCCGAACCACAAUAAAGAAGUUAGCUGUAUCUCCCAAGUGGACCAACUAUGGGCUCCGGAUCUUUGGCUACCUGCACCCCUUUACUGAUGGAGAAGUCCAGUUUGCCAUUGCUGCAGAUGACAACGCUGAGUUCUGGCUAAGCUCCAGUGACCAGAUCUCAGACCUCCAGAUGAUGGCUAGUGUGGGCAAGACAGGAAAGGAAUGGACAGCACCUGGAGAGUUUGGAAAAUUCCGAAGUCAAAUUUCUAAACCAGUAAGCCUGUCAGCUUCUCGAAGGUACUACUUUGAGGUAUUGCACAAACAGAAUGACCAGGGGACAGAUCAUGUGGAAGUGGCUUGGCGACUGAAUGACCCUGGGGCCAAGUUCACAGUCAUAGAUUCUCCAUCCCUGUCUCUCUUCACAGAUGAGACACUGCUUAAGAUGGAUGAGGUGGCCCAAAUCCCACAGACAGUGGCCAGCCAUACAAGCCCUCUGGAUCCACUGCCCACAGAUCAGGAGCACCCUGCUGACAUGCUGAGACCUGAUCCUCGGGAUAUCCUAUAUCGAAUGCCUUUGAUCCCCAAAUCUCAACUCCGUCGGGUCCUACCAGAUUGCCAAUAUAAACCCAGCUACCUGGUGAAUGGCUUUCCUCUACAGCGCUACCAGGGACUCCAAUUUGUUCAUUUGUCUUUUGUAUACCCAAAUGACUACACCAGAUUGAGUCACAUGGAGACACAUAACAAAUGCUUCUAUCAGGAGAAUUCAUACUAUCUGGACAAGUUUGGCUUUCAGAAAUAUAUAAAAAUUGACCAAUUCGACAGACAGAGUCCGGAGCUCAAAGAGAGAAUGGAGCAACCAGGUUUUGAGGAGGACCUCCCCAAUGAGUCCCAGUAUGGAGAUCAGGGUGAAGAAUUCCCCAUCCCCACUGACCAGAGCCCAGGGAUCUUAGAAGAUCAGAGCAACCCUACUUCCAUCCCUAGUCAGGACGCCACUGACUAUCACCUCAGAAACCGGCGGAGGCUUCUAGCCACAUAUCAGAGGAGCUCCCCAGCAGCCAUACCAGACAAGAACAACAAAGCUUCCUCUAUAGCAAGGACAAGGGACUCCCCACUCCAGAACUCCAGGAAGAGGAAGGUGCAAGAGCCCAGCCUUAAGCACAUUCAAGAACCAUCUCGUUCCAGCCAACAGCCCACUGAGCACUUGGCAGUGACUUCCCCUCGGUUCAAGAGAGCCAGGGUAGGAGGUAGCCACCGCAGGCAGACCUUGGAUCAAUCUCAGUGGCUGAAUCAGGUUCAGUCUUACAUUGUGGAACAGAGAAAGGCUGAUGGAGCAGAGCCAGAGGCUGCUAGGAGAAUGCAGCAUGGGGAGGAGGUGGUGAUGACUGAAGAUGAUGAAAGGCCGAUGGAAAGGGAGGAAGAGGAGGAAGAAGAGGGAGAGGAGGAAGAGGACUUAGGAGAGUCAUUUGAAUAUGUACCUCUGUUUGAUCCUGCGGUGAACUGGAAUCAGACCUUCAGCGCUAGAAAUGUGGACUUUCAGACCCUGAGGACUGAUUGGAUUGACUUAAAUUGUAACACAUCAGGCAACCUUUUGUUGCGGGAGAGAGAAGCCCUAGAGGUUACACAUGUAUUUCUGAAGAAGCUGAACCAGAAAAUAAGGGGGCGGUACCAGCUAAAUCGUGUGGUGAACAUAGAGAAACGCCAGGACCGGCUUCGAGGGAGUCGCUACCUGUUGGAGCUGGAGCUUCUGGAGAAGAAUGGUCAGCUAGUGCGGCUCUCAGAGUAUGUGCUGUCCCGGGACUGGCGAGGGGUGAGUGUGGGUGGUGGCAAGGAUCCAGAAGCACGCAACUUACGCGGCAUGGUCUUGGGCCACCAGCGCCAGCGGCACCUGCUCAACAGCCAGUCCAAAGAACCCGAACUGUGCUGGCCCCUCGGCUUCUCCUGGAACCAUCGUGCUGUCGUUCACUUUAUUGUGCCUGUGAAGAAUCAGGCACGAUGGGUUCAGCAGUUUAUCAAUGACAUGGAGAAGCUGUCCCAGGUGACCGGCGAUCCCCAUUUCAACAUCAUCAUCACUGACUAUAGCAGUGAGGACAUGGAUGUAGAGAUGGCACUUAAGAGAUCCAGUCUGCGAAGCUACCAGUAUAUGAAGUUGACUGGGAAUUUUGAGCGCUCAGCAGGACUCCAGGCUGGUGUGGACCUGGUGAAGGACCCACAUAGCAUUAUCUUCCUGUGUGAUCUCCAUAUACACUUUCCACCUGGAGUCAUUGAUGUCAUUCGGAAGCACUGUGUGGAGGGCAAGAUGGCCUUUGCUCCCAUGGUGAUGAGACUGCAGUGUGGGGCAACACCUCAAAGGCCUGAGGGUUACUGGGAAGUGAAUGGAUUUGGCCUGUUGGGCAUCUACAAAUCGGACCUGGACAAGAUUGGAGGCAUGAAUACCAAGGAAUUCCGAGACCGCUGGGGUGGAGAGGACUGGGAGCUCCUGGACAGGAUUCUACAGGCUGGUCUAGAAGUGGAACGCCUCUCUCUUAGGAAUUUCUUCCAUCGGUACCACUCCAAGCGAGGCAUGUGGAACCGUCGCCAGUUGAACAUGCCGUGAUCUCAGAGUGUGCCCAGCCAGAACUGACUGAUUCCUGCCUCCUGACCUGCAGCUGCUUCCAUUCCUGCUCACCACUGGAGGGGGAAUAAAAAUGAAUGGGAGGAGUAAACCAGCACCCCCUUGAAUCCUCCCCACCUCUAUUGAGAGCCAUCUAACCACCUAUGGACCUGAUGUGGAGUCUGAAUAGGUGGCAGUAUUUUAGUCUCCCCCUUCCUUGAGCCUUUUGGUCAAUCAACAAGAAGGAUUUUUAAGUGGAGGCUCUGUGGAAGGUGGUGGGAUCCAGGUCUAGAUGGCAGAGGUGGAAUACCUCUUCAGGAAAUAGAAAGGCAGCAAGGGAAAGAGUGACCUUCACCAGAUAAGAAGCCUUCCACUACCAGCUUGCCUUUUGUAGGGAGUACAGACCAUGAAACAUAGACUUUUUCUUUAAAAAAUUAUUGGUUGAUGGUAGAGGGGUGGGAAGUGGUAUUGAAUCUUUCCACCAUCCUCUCUCAACCAGCACAGACUGUGAGAAUCCUUGAUUUCUCAGAAGGGAAAACAAUCCCCAGGGGGAUGAGGUGGUACAUUUGGGGAAUAUUCUCAGUAGUAGAUCUCUGACCUUCUACUAUGUCCUGUUGUUUCCCCCCAUUCAUCCUUGAGAAGCUGUCUUGUAAUCAAGGUUGAAACCUUGUUGAAUACACUCCAAAGGUCAAGCCUUUUCAAGAUGGUGACCCUUCUCUCGAAACCCAUAUCCCUGUCCCCCAUUACUCCCACAGAAAGAAAGUAAGUGCUUCCAAUCACCUAACUUGGCCAUCAACAACAGGGCAUUAACUUUAUCCAGCUAGAGAAGCUAAGCUCAGGCUGGUGGAAGCACAGGGCUGAAAUCCCCAUCCCACCACUCCUUUGGGGCCAGUAACCAAAAUGAAAACUACAAGGAGUAUGUUUUGAAGGAAAAGUGGGAAGUCUAUCAAGGGGUUCCGAGCUCAUUUCAACU